AUGGAAGAUGAAAAUGCACAGCCCAAAUUUAAGAGAAUGUAUAUCAGGUAUAAUGCACAAAAACUUGUGUUUUUGGGAGGUUGUAGACCAAUCAUUGGUUUAGAUGGGUGCCACUUGAAAGGGAGAUUUGGGGGGCAAAUACUUUCUGCCAUAGCUAGAGAUGCAAAUGAUAAUAUUUUCCUAGUUGCAUUUGCUGUUGAGAGAACAAAGAUUCAUGAGUAUGGUUUCUACAGCAGUUUUCAGAUGACAUUGAGAAUCCAGAGCAACUUAAUCUGGUCUUCAUCAGGCAUUAUACUUGCAAUUGAGAUGCUGUUCCCAACUUGUGAGCAUAAGUAUUGUGUGAAGCAUAUCUAUAAUAAUUUCAAAGUGGAUCAUAAGGGCUUGGAGUUGAAGGAUGCACUGUGGAGAUGUGCUAGAGCCACAACAAUCAGGGAGUUUGAGAGAAGAAUGCAGGAAAUGAAGGAUUUGGAUGUCAAGGCAUGGGAGUAUCUUGCUGACAUCAACCCUGCACAAUGGUCUAAGUCUCACUUUAGUAGUAGAGUUUUGUGUGACUGUUUAGCUAAUAACUUGAGUGAGUCUUUUAAUGCCAUGAUCUUAGAAGCUAGGGAUAAGCCAAUUUUAGCAAUGUUGAAGUGGAUCAGAGUUAGGCUCAUGACCAAACAAUACAAAAAGAUGAAAAGUAUAGCAAAAUACACUGGAAAGGUUUGUCCUAAUAUUCAAGACAAAUUAGAGAAGUUAAAACAUGAAUCUAUACCUUUCAGUGCUACUCCAGCAAGCAGUUUCAUGUAUGAGGUUGAUAAUGGUUGUGAGAGACAUGUGAUUGACUUGGCUAAGAAAGCAUGCAGCAGUAGGAUUUGGGAUUUGACAGGACUUCCUUGCAAACAUGGGAUCUCUGCUAUUGUUAAGAACCUAGAGAAAAUGGAGGACUAUGUGCAUCCUUGUUACUUGAAAGAGACAUUUGCUGAAACUUACAAAGAGAUAAUACAACCAAUGUCUAGCCAAUCUGAGUGGGUUGAGACUAACCAACCUGCUCCUGUUGCUCCUCAUGUGUAUAAACCACCUGGCAGACCACCAAAGCAAAGAAAAAGAGAUCCUAAAGAGUCAAGGAACUCUUAUAGAGUUUCUAGGAUGAACAAGACAAUCAAGUGUGCGAAGUGCAAGAAAGAAGGACAUAAUGCAAGAGGGUGCAAGGCACAAGGCAGUAAAUAUACAAAAACAAAGCAGACUGCAACACCUCAAACUGCAUCUCAGCCACCAAGUACUAGAUCUCAAUCUGUAUACAGAAUUUUUGAUCAAACUGCAUCUCAACCUAUACCAAACAAUAGAUUUGAGGCAGCAACUCAACCUCCAACUAGAUCUAGGGCCAACUGGUUCUCUUCAUCCUCACAAUCGAGCUUCCAUACCCCUAGAGAGACAUGGGAUUCUUUACCAUCUCAGCCAAGUGCAUCUGUGAGCACUAGUGGUGUACCAAGUCAAGGAAGUGAUGGUGGUGCUGUUAGGGGGUUUAAAGGCAGAAAGUUUCAACCAAUUGGUGGAAAGGACAAGAAUGCAGCUGGCAAGGGCACUAAAAGUAGUAAAUGA